AUGUUCAAUCGUGUCAACGACGGCCAACGGAAAGUUCUCUGCGUUCUCGAUGAUUUUUCGAACACAAAUCAAAAGAUUCAUUGCGAGAAGAUCAUCUCAACUGCCUUGGAAUUGGUCGAUGCGGGAUCAGAGUUUAUGUGGAUUCGGGAAUCUAUGCCAGAGUUUACAUUCACCUUGGAUGAACACUUCUUUGCUCCGGCCUAUGAGAAUAUAAGGGUAGCUGUUGGUAAAGAUGAUGAGAUUACUGGAUUGCUGGAAGGGUUACUGACGAAUGAACGGUUCGGAUAUCUCUUCGAGGACAGGGCAGUGGUUAGAUAUGUUCUGGUAAGUAUUUUACGCACAUUUCAUUGGACUCUAGGGAUUCGAAUACCAGCUGAUGGUCUAGUAUAAUAUAAUCUCAAAUUUUCAAUAAGACAAACAGUGAAACAGGCGGUAACAUGCAGCUUAGAGACUCAACACGGCUAUUGGAUUAAAUAAAUAAAAGAUUCCUUUCCAGCUUGACCUAUCAACGAGAUCCAGCCCUCUUUCACCAUCUCUGACGUCAAGUAUAAUAUCAUUGUUGGUUGAAAGUGCCGAUAAUAUUCAAGUCUACAGAGAAACGGACAAUAUACAAGUAAUCGCCUUACUUCCAGACUCAUGGGAAACUGUCAGAGCAAUGUCUCGGCAUCCGGUUGUUGUUCAACAUGGUCUACAUGAAGAUGAGUGA